ACAUCCCGGAAAUGCUCUGUAGCAUUAUAAAGUCGUCACUGGACGGAGUGUGCCCCUCGCUGCUCCGGGCUCCGACUCGUUGAUAAACAACACAGAGCUUCACGUGCUCGAGUCCCGUUUACCUGUGGUCGGACAGGACAGUUUGCAGGGUGAUUGACAUGUUGCCUGUGUUGGUGGUCCAUGGAGGGGCGGGUCAAAUCCCAAAGGAGCAGUCUGAGGCGUCCACUUCGGGGGUGUGCUCAGCAGCCCGAGCGGGGUAUGCCAUCCUCCGGGGAGGGGGCAGCAGCAUGGAUGCAGUGGUGGAGGCUGUGUCCCAAAUGGAGAAUAAUCCCUCCUUCAAUGCAGGCUGUGGCUCAGUGCUGAACGUCAAAGGGGAGGUGGAGAUGGACGCUAUUGUGAUGGAUGGGAAAACGCUGGGAAGUGGUGCAGUCUCUGCUGUACGGAACAUAGCCAACCCUGUUCAGCUUGCACGGCUGGUCAUGGACAAGACCAGCCACUCAUGUCUGACAGCAGAGGGCGCCAAUCAGUUCGCCCGGGCCAUGGGUGUCCCUGAGAUCCCCCCAGAGUCCCUCAUCACAGAGUACUCCCGUAUGCGCUGGAAAAAGAACUUGGCCCCCGAUGCCAACCCUGUGGAGUGCCAAAUGGGGAAGAUGGGCACAGUCGGAGCUGUGGCAGUGGAUAGCGAGGGAAACGUAGCCUGUGCAACCUCGACCGGUGGAAUGCUGAACAAGAUGGAGGGACGAGUGGGCGACACAGCCUGCAUAGGCUCUGGGGGUUAUGCUGACAACCAGACGGGAGCAGUGUCACCUACGGGCCACGGAGAAGCCAUCAUGAAAAUUACUCUGGCCAGACUCAUCCUGUUCCACAUGGAACAAGGUCAGUCAGUGGAGGCCGCUUGUGACUUGGGCCUGGCCUACAUGAAGAGCAGAGUGGGUGGUCUAGGUGGGGUGGUGACUGUGGACCCCCAGGGCCACUGGGCCGCCAACUUCUCCAGCCGGCAAAUGGUCUGGGCUGCAGCUCAGAAAGACACCCUGCACUAUGGCCUGUACACCGGGGAACACUUCACACAGAGCAUUGACAGUCCACAGUGACAGCAAAUACAACACAUGUGGGUUUGAUCAUUUUCUUAAUUGUUGCGUUUAUUGAUAAAAGAAAUAAUUUAGAUGUAAACAAUAGAAAUAUAAUUUGGAUGAGAUGAGUUUAUGUUUACUGUUAACAAUUUCAUAAUUUCAUAUCAAACAUGUAAGUAUUAGAAUUGGGGUUUAUAUAAUGAACAGAAACAGAAAGUCUGCUUUUUGGUAAUUUCUCAGUUGAUCGUAUUUUACAUGAAGGGACAGUAUUACUACUGUGAAACUUUGGUGAUAAUUGGUGCAAAUAUAUAUCUUAUUUUAUGUAUUGAAGUUACUGCCACACUUUGUAUUUCACAGAGAACAGUUAAUUGUUCUGUAGUAGUAGUGUGAGGUGGUAACACUGACAUCAUCUCUGCACAGUUUGAAGCUGAGCUAGUAUUUCUGAAGUGCUGCUGAUCAGAUGAGUGUUAAUGCUGAAGCUUUCCUUUAGCAAAACACUGACCGUGACAAUAAAUUCCUUUUAUCCCUGGA